CAUGGAGGACUCUCAACUGGUCUUAUUCAGAGAGGGGAGGCUGUUUUUUAUUCAAUUAAAUCUUCUUCCCUAACCUUUAAUCUAUGAAUGCAUUGCAGAUGCUUGCUCUGCACUGUCAGUAUACACAUGUGGCUUCAGUUAUGUUCUAUUUCAUUAAAAAAAAGAAAAAAAAGAAAAAAAUCUUGGAUUUAAAAAGAUCAGUUUUCAUUCCCUCCUGCCGCUUCCUAAACAAAGACCUGUCUCCUCAUGCAAAAAAAUUUAAGCAAUGCUACUUCUUGAAUAUUCUUCUUCUCUCUCUCUUUAAAAAAAAAAACAAUUCUUACUGUGAACUGUGGUGGCUGGAUACAUGCCCGUACAGUAGAUGGCAGUAUAAUCUAUUCAGGUUUUGUGUGUCAUUUCCUUUGAGCAGUGAACCAGAAGAAGACAGAAGCCAGCGCAGACAAUCCUGCGAUUCUUGUGUGGGAUAUUUGAUCCCCCAUAUUUAAAAUCUAUGACAAUUGUUGUUUUAAGAACUGGGGAUAAUGGCCAAUAAGAAGAAAGUAAUAGUAACAGGCUUUGAGCCUUUUGGAGAGCAUGCAGUCAACUCCAGCUGGGUGGCAGUGCAGGAACUGGAGCGAUUAGGGCUGGGUGAGGCAGUGGACCUCUAUGUGUGUGAGGUGCCUGUUGAAUACCAGGCUGUUCAGAGCCUACUGCCAUCACUGUGGAGAGAGCACCAGCCACAGUUAGUCGUCCAUGUUGGUGUUUCUGGGUUAGCUACCACAGUCACUCUGGAGCAGUGUGGCCACAACAUGGGUUACAAACGCCUGGAUAACUGCAGCUUCUGCCCAGCCUCCCAGUGUUGCAUGGAGAACGGCCCGGAGUGCAUCAGCUCAGUCCUGGACAUGGAUACAGUCUGCAAAAGGGUCAAUGACUCUGACAUCGGGGUGGCUGUGUCGAUAUCGAAAGAUGCUGGAAGGUAUCUGUGCGACUACACCUACUACACGUCUCUGUACCUGGGGCAGGGCCGCUCUGCCUUCAUUCAUGUGCCUCCGCUAGGAAAACCCUACCGCAGCCAGGACCUGGGUAGAGCCCUUCAGGCCGUCGUGCAAGAGAUGCUGAACCUGCUGGAGCUGGAUCGUACUGAGGAGGAGCACAGACACAACGAGCACUGCGGUCACAAGCAUCAACACCAGCAUGACCACUAAUGACCUCACAACCUGAGAAGACUCAUAGAUCCAGCUGACCAUACCGGACCACUGGCUUGUAGUAAUGUUUUAAUCAAUGUUACUUCUGAAGCACAUUUUGAUUUAGUUGUCUGGCUUAGAAAAUUCACAAACUGUGACUUACAAUGCAGGUACAGUGAUGACUAAAUGCCCUCACCAUUAGCAUGAAUUUGACAUUUGUUGUCAAUUUAGCAAUCAAAGAGUCUCAGAUGGGUGCUUUAAGAAAAAAAGUUGUAUCUUAAAACUGUUGCAUGUCUGUUCUGGGCACAACACCCUGACUACAGCAUCUGUUUACUGUAGUCUGUGUGUGGGAGUGUAGGUCUGAAUGCGUCUGUAAUGUGCAUGAGGCGUUGGCAUCAGCGAGUCUUUAUUAUAUCUGCCUCUGAUCUUCCAUAAGACUGUGAAAGUAGAUGUCAACUCAGCGACAUUUAUGGACAUUAAUGUGAAAAGAGGAUUUUUUUUUUUUUACCAGUUUAACAUAUAAUCAUCAGUAGUACUAACAAGGUGGCAGUUGUAAGUGAAAUGUUGACACACUGUGUGAAUUUUUACAGUUACACUAACCUCUCACCUAGUUUCCCAAAUCCUCUUGGUGUGAUUUUGUUAUUGUCUUGGAGAUCCUGUCAUUCCCUUUUAUUGUUUGCAUUUGCAACAGACGAAUGUGAUGACUUUGAAAUGAUGGAAAUCUGAAGAAAUUUAAAGAUUUGCGCUUACAAUUGUUUGUUUAUCUCAGGGAAUAUAUUGCACAUGCAACCAUUACUUGCAAUUUGAUUAAUUUGAUGUGUCUGUCUAGUGUAUGUAGUGCAGCUUUGCCACACAAAGCCAGCUUAAAUUUGUGUGUAAUUAAAACACUUCACCUACUUGUCCUUGCA